GGGAACUUCGCGCCAGAAGUCGUAAAUGCUCAACACGAAGCUGCUGUUUGAAAAGGGAAUUGUUCUCAACCGGAAAAUGCUGACCCAGUCGCAGUUUUCACAGAUUCAGUUCCAGGCCGUGCUGAACCACUACGGAACGUUCUACAGCAUCAUGAAGGCGAUACACUUUGUGGACAACGUGACCGUCCAACUCACCAGCGACGGCGUCAAAAUCAUCGCUGAGGAAGCCAAGAGCGUCCAAGCGACGGCGUACAUCAUGAAGAAUUGCUUCUCUGAGUACAAGCUCAUUCUGCCCAGGUCCACCAACGAUGACGACGAGGACGACCCGUGCACCUCGUUCGGUCUCAACCUCAAAGUCUUCACCGACUGCCUGAGCAUGUUCCUCGGCGGCGAUUACGACUCCAGCCUCAAGCUACUUCAUAAAGGAGAAGGAGCCCCGCUAAUCGUGGUCCUGGAGCAACACGGCGAGGACGACCUCGUCACGGAGUGCUCCGUCAAGACGAUGGAACCGCUAGAAGUGCUCGACUUUGACUUUGAAGACGCCCACGUGUUCAGCCGGGUCAACAUCAAAGCCCCGGACUUUUUCGCCCUGCUAAGUGACCUGGAUCGCUUCUGCGAGGAGAUCGAAAUCAACCUUUCGCCCAACAACUUCCGACUGAUCACGCUCGGAGAGUUGCACAACGAGUCCAACUUUGAAAUCACCAACAGCAGCGACAUGUUGAUUUCGUUCAACUGCACUGCGACCAGCACCAAUCGGUACAAGGCUGCCCACUUCCGGCUCGUCAUGAAGACGUUGGCGCUUGGGUCGAAGAUUGCGCUGCGAACCAACAAGGACGGACUGCUUGGGAUGCAGGUGCUCAUCGAAACGGGGGACAAUGCGCAGAUGUUUGUCGAGUACUUUAUAAUGCCGCUUUGUGAAGGGGAUGAAACGAUGGCGGAAGAGGAUACGGUGAUUUGAGGGAGGGGACAUUAUUUGGUGUUCAUUUGAGAAUGAACGUAACAUUGUGAAUUUGAAUAAAAUAAAUUUCUACCUCGUUUA